AUGCUAGUAAAAACUUACUAUUUCAGCCCUGUUCAUUGUGACCAGGAAAACUCAGCUAAAUUUCGUCCGUUGAAGCUGAAAAUUUUUCUAGGGAUAAUCGGACAUAUUCCCCAGAGUAAAAAUACAAAAAAAAUCUAUGGAGAUCUCCCAGAAGCCUCUAAAAAACCGUAUAUAUCCGACUUGGAUGGUGAAAAUCAAAAUCAGCCAAUUUUAGCUCUGGAGGAUAGUCUAAAGUAUCGCUGCUCUGUUCCUGAUCCUAGUUUACCUGUCACCGUCACAAAUAAUACAGGCGAAGAUUAUCAAUCAAAUACUAAAAAGAUAUUUUAUGGGUUAGAGCUCGUAUAUAAGGCUCAGUUAUCUAUUCCUGCAUCUUCCCGUCACAAAUGGUAUUUUUUANUAAACGUGCCACAUCUACUGCAACGGCUUGAUGCUUACGAUUCUCAAAUACCGUACUUUAUUGGGGGGUCCGUUGGAACUCAGACCUGCUUCCAUCCGAAUGGGCCGAGCUACAAAAGUCUGUUUGUCGGAGGUAAUACAGCACAUGUGUAUAGUGCGGCUCUCGUGAACGCUCUUUACCCACAUCUGUCUCAAUACGUGAAUUCGAUCUGGCCGCAGCCGAAUCAUACGUCUUCUGGACAAUCUGAUGUGGCUUUAUCUUGUCUAAUAUUUCAUUUGGGCUUGAAUAUGACAAUUAUACCUGGAUUCUGGAGAAAUACACCUGAUAAAACUAUCCAAGAAUUUGGGUUAACAGAAGCUUUGUCUGAGAAGGAACCAAGCAGCUANUGA